AUCAAAUAGAUUCAUGGAUUCCUAAAACUCUUUUUUUUUUCUCCCCAAAAUCAACUUUCUACUUGAUCCUUCAGAAUUCCUUAAUUACAGUAUUUGUGGCGUUUCCAUUUCUGCUAUCAUUCCCUUUCAGUUACCACCUUCACCGUUAUUUGAAGUAUUCUGGUUUGAUUCAAUUACGCUCUGUUUUUUGCCUGCUGGAAAAGAAAGUUGGGCUACCCAUGAAUGAGGUCACUGGAAUCGGCAGUUGGGACAUCGUUUCGGGCUUUGUCCCAGCUUUUGUUAAACCAUUCCCAGGCUAUCAAAUUGGGUACCAUCGCGGACGUUUACACUUGCAACAAUAUCCUAAAUGGGUAUUCAAAAUGCAAAGAGUUACGACUCGCGGAGGAACUGUUCGACGAAAUGCCCCACAGAGACUCAGUGUCUUGGAAUACGAUGAUCGCAGGGCAUAUAAACUGUGGAAACUUGGAGACUUCGUGGGAUGAUCUUAAAUGGAUGAGAAGGUGUGGUUUUGGGCUGGAUGAGUAUACUUUUGGAAGCAUGCUUAAGGGCAUUGCUUGUGCUGGUGUGCUUGAUUUGGGUCAGCAGAUACAUUCUAUGGUCAUUAAGAUGGGUUAUGCUGAAAAUGUAUAUGCAGGGAGUGCUCUUCUGGACAUGUAUGCAAAAUGUGAGAGACUUGAGGAUGCAUAUUUGUCGUUCUUGAGCAUUUCAAAACAGAAUGCUGUUUCGUGGAAUGCAAUGAUUGCAGGAUAUGCUCAAACAGGCGACUGCAAAACCGCAUUUUGGUUGUUGGAUUGUAUGGAGCAAGAAGGUGAGAAGGUUGAUGAUGGCACAUUUGCUCCUCUUUUGCCUUUGCUUGAUGAUGCCGACUUCUUUGUCUUAACAAGGCAGAUCCAUGGAAAAGUGAUGAAACAUGGAUUGGCAUCUGUUAAUACAAUGUGUAAUGCCUUGAUCACUUCUUAUUCAGAAUGUGGAUCCCUUGAUGAUGCUGAAAGGAUUUUCGAUUGUUCAGCAGGCAUCCGGGAUUUGGUGACAUGGAACUCCAUGUUARCUGCUUAUCUGAUGCAUAGGAAGGAAGAUCUUGCCUUUAAACUCUUGAUUGACAUGCAAGAACAUGGUUUCGAACCAGAUUUGUAUUCUUACACAAGCAUUAUUAGUGCUUGUUUCGACGAAGAGCUCAGCAAUAAUGGGAAAUCCUUACAUGGGUUGGUGAUAAAGAGGGGAUUAGAACAAUCAGUGCCAAUUUCAAAUGCAUUGAUAUCUAUGUAUCUUAAAUCCGACAGUGGAUCCAUGAUAGAAGCCCUGUAUAUAUUUGAAUCCUUAGAGUCCAAGGACCGUGUGUCUUGGAACUCGAUCUUGACUGGACUCUCGCAAACAGGGUUGGGCGAAGAUGCGGUAAAGUUCUUUCUGAAUAUGAGAUCGGCAGAAAUGGACAUCGAUCACUAUUCAUUUUCUGCUGUUCUCAGAUCAUCCUCAUAUUUGGCUACCUUUCAGUUGGGACAACAGAUUCAUGUCUUGGCACUCAAGUACGGUUUGGAGUCCAACGAGUUCGUCGCGAGUUCAUUAAUCUUCAUGUAUUCCAAGUGUGGGAUUAUUGAAGAUGCUAGAAAAACAUUUGAAGAGGCUUCAAAGAACUCUUCAAUCACUUGGAAUGCACUCAUGUUUGGUUAUGCACAACAUGGACAGUGCAAUGUUGCAUUAGACCUCUUCUUCCUAAUGGAAGAGAAGAAGGUGAAAAUGGAUCACAUUACCUUCGUCGCCGUCCUAACUGCCUGUAGCCAUAUCGGUUUAAUCGAACAGGGCCGAAAAUUCUUGAGGAGCAUGGAAUCUGAUUACGGCAUUCCUCCACGGAUGGAGAACUAUGCUUGUGCAGUUGAUCUAUUCGGCCGUUCUGGCCAUCUCGAGGAAGCCAAAGCCUUAAUAGAAGAAAUGCCAUUCAAACCCGACGCCAUGGUGUGGAAGACUUUCCUGGGUGCCUGCCGUUCUUGUGGAAACAUUGAAUUAGCUUGUCAGGUUGCAAGCCAUCUGCUAGAGAUGGAGCCUGAAGAGCACUGCACUUAUGUUCUCCUCUCAAACAUGUAUGGAAAUCUAAUGAGAUGGGAAGAAAAGGCCAAAGUGAAAAGGCUAAUGAAGGAAAGAGGAGUUAAGAAAGUCCCUGGUUGGAGUUGGAUUGAAGUCAAAAAUAACGUUCAUGCUUUCAUUGCAGAAGAUCAUUCUCACCCCAGUUGCCAACAGAUAUAUUUUGUACUGGAAUUACUGGUGGAGGAAAUAUCAACAAUGGAAGCUGACGAUGGUUUUGAGUGUUUUUUGGAGCAGGAAGAAUUAAGGUACGCAGAUGCAUAAUGUAGUUUUAUUGCAGUUUGAUUAACUGGGGAACAGUGUUUCAAUAUACUAGUUUUGUUGUUUGAUGCCAUUGAAUUUGCUGUGUUGCUGAAAUUUGAAAGUGUAGGUGAGGUUAGUUCAAGUUGGUUUUUGGCCAAAAUUA